AUGGCAGCAGUGAGCGUCGCUCGCAGCCUGGAGCCGGUGGUGUCCGGUGAGAGAGGUUCAUUAUACCGGGCGUACGGCGUACCAUCUGAUAGUAAGCUUGUUCUGUAUGACACACAUCCACCCCAGGGUCCAUGUUUCCUCAUCCGUCCCGGUCAGGCGUGUUCUCAGUCCCGAGCUGGAGGUGAACCACCUUCAGGCGGGGUCGGGUCGUCUGUUUGUUUUUAUUUCCUCGACCGUCGAGUUAUUACAGUCGGUCACGAGAUCCUCUCUGCUGCUCACCGAGUGUGCAGACUGCAGCCUGUUGUUAUCGUGUUGUCGGCGCCUCGUUAUAUAAACAUGCCCGGGGGCCGGGGCCGGGGCCGGGGUCCGGGAGGCUCGGGGUCGUCGUUGUGUUUUGAUCGUUCAGUUCCCGCGAGGGGCGACCACAAUGGCUCGUUCGAGGGCAGGUUUUUUAUAGUGUCAGCUGCACAAGUGCUCCAUUGUCUGAGCUCCGCCGCAGAAAUGGGUUUUAAUUGUUCAUAA